AUGGCCAUCGUACCCAUACUCACCAUUCCUGAACUUGCAUUCGACCCAACAGGAGCCACUACAGUGAGAAAGAAAUCUGCAUUAUUGAAUUAUUUAUUUUAUCUUACCAAUGGAUCAUCUAUAUUCUUAAUUAUAAUUUAUCUUGUGGGAGUAUUUGGAUUAAAACCAUUAUUAAAUUUAAAAAAUGAAAGAAGAUUACAAUUAUUUGAUUCUUAUCGGAUUAAAUUAAUGGAAUUCUAUUUAAAAUUGAUUACAAAAGUAAGUUAUAUUCCGAUUGUAUCUAAGAAAUUAAAAAAAGUCAAUAAAGAUGGUGUUGAAGAAGAAAUUGAUGGUAAAUUAUAUAACGAUAUGGUUAUCCAAACUGAUGAUUCAUAUUUAGAGAAAUCCAAUGCUUCCAAGAAGAAACUGAAAGUUAGUUUUGCCAAUGAUGAUCAAGAUGAUGAAGGCGAAGAUGAUGAUAAAUUAUAUCAAAAUAAAUUAAUUAAUAAAUUAACUAAAUUAAAUGAAAAAUUAAAUAAAGUUGAAUCAUAUCUGAUUUUAAAACUUUCAAAUUUUAAAAUCACUGCUUUUUCCAUAAAGGAUUUUCAAAAUAAAGCUGAUUUAAUUUAUUUUGAUUAUAAUAAUUAUUUCACAAAUAAAGAUGUGGUAACUAAUUUACUUGAUAAGAAAGGUGGUGGAAGUACUGAGAAAGAUGUUAAGGAUCCUACUACGUUUUCAGGGUAUAAGAAACAUAAGAACUUGGCAGUUGAAACCAAGACUGAGAUUAGAAAUAUAAAAGGUUUAUAUAUGAGUGGUCAAUAUUGA